AUGGGUUUAACAUCAGGUGGGAUCCAUAACUCAUGUUUCAACAAUGCUACGAGGGAUGCCGAUAAUAUCUUCGGGGCAUCAAGCAAAUACAUAGUGCAAGAGCAGCUUUUCAAGGAGUCUGAUGUUGGUUCCUCUGGUUUGUCUUGUUUAAAAAAUUUCAAAGCUCCAGAUCUAAAUAUUCCAGUAAAAGAAAGUUUUGAUGUUUUAAACGAUGAGUGUCCUAAUUUAGAAAAAUAUUUUGAAAAAUCUUUAACGUCUCACAACGAAUCAGGUUCUUCAUCUAUAGUGUUCGAGGCCGGUCAUAUAUUUAAUAACAAAGAAGAGAUGAAGCUCGAGUUGGGAAAGAAAUGUUUGUUAGAGCAUUUCGAGUUUAAAGUUGAUAGAUCAUCUAAGACACGGUAUGAAGUUUCAUGCAGGGGUGAUGGUUGUGAAUGGCGAUUUAAGGCUCAUGUUAAUCCUUGUGGCAAUUUAUGGUUUGUUAAACAUAUGAACGAUAGACACACCUGUUCGAAGACGCAAACACACCCACAUUUCCGUCAGGCUAACCCAAAGGUUUUGGGUCACUUUUUGAAGGAACAACUAAAAGACAGUGGUAGGAUAUAUCGAGCGAAAGAGAUUGUCAAAGAUUUUAGACAAAGGUUUGAGGUUGAGAUAACAAACCUUCAAGCUUGGCGUGGUAAAAGCUAUGCACUUGAACUUCUACAAGGAACAACACGAGACUCUUUUGCCGAACUACCAAUAUAUUGUUACAAUUUGAAACUUGCAAAUCCUGGAAGCGUUACUCACAUCUUGGUUGAUGAGCAGAGUCGUUUUGAAAUGGUUUUUGUUGCUUUAGGGGUUGCGAUUCGUAGCUUUAUGUUUAAUCUAAGACCUGUCGUUAUCAUUGACGCGGCACACCUAAAGGGUAAAUUUAAAAGGACGUUGUUUUUAGCAGUGGGCAUGGAUGGAAAUAAUCAGAUUUUACCACUUGCUUAUGGCAUUGGAAAAUCAGAGGAUGGUGAAUCUCGGACAUGGUUUCUCUCAAAGCUUAGAGAUUGUGUUGGUGAAAUGGCAGAUAUGGCGAUCAUUUCGGAUAGGGCGAAUUCGAUACAUGUUUUAACAAAUAUUGGGUUUGGUAGAUGGGCAAGAGCUCAUUGUCCCGGCAAUCUAUACCACUAUAUGACAUCUAAUAGUGCGGAGUCUAUUAACUCUUUGUCUAGAUUCUCGCGUAAGAUGCCGAUAACGCAACUUAUCGAAUUUUUCCGCGAGUCUGUACAAAAAUGGUUUUAUGACCGUCGAUUACAGGGCAUGCAGGAGAGCCAUUCACUUACUCAGUGGGCACAGAAGAAAAUUUUAAAGAAAAUUGAAGGGUCUAGAACCUGGACUGUUGCAGGCAUCCGGGUAAACAGUUUUGUUGUUGAUGACGAUGGGAAAAGGGGUGUAGUUGAUUUUUCGAAUCGUUCGUGCAGCUGUCGUGUCUGGCAAGUUUCUGGUUUACCUUGUGGGCAUGUGAUUGCUGUUUCAAGAUUUUUGGGUGAACCUGACUGUAGUCAUUAUGCUUUCUCGUGUUACUCAAACGAAGUAUACAAAAAAACGUAUGAAGAAUCGAUUAAUCCUCUGCCUCAUAGGUCUGAAUGGGUAAUACCAGAAGGCCUUGGCAGUGUAUUACCCCCGAAUAUUACAAAACGUCAAUCUGGUCGUCCAAAAGAAAACAACCGAAUCUUGUCUCGUGGGGAAGAACCUGUUCCGGUAUAUUGUUCGCGUUGCCGAACAUACGGACAUGUUCGUGACGUUUGUUUAGAUCCAAUGAAAUCACAGAUUCGUUCACGAAAAUCAUCAGGCAAAGGAAAAGGAAAAGAGAAAGAGACAGAAACCAAGAGUCCAACGGAAGACAUUUUUCCAUCUUAUAAUUUAGCAGAAUUUUAA